AGGGGAAGUGGGGGGGCAGGCGGCGGUGGGGAAGAUGGCGUACCAGAGCCUCCGGCUGGAGUACCUGCAGAUCCCACCGGUCAGCCGCGCCUACACCACCGCCUGCGUCCUCACCACCGCCGCUGUGCAGUUGGAAUUGAUCACACCUUUUCAGUUGUACUUCAAUCCUGAAUUAAUCUUUAAACACUUUCAAAUAUGGAGGCUAAUCACCAAUUUCUUAUUUUUUGGUCCGGUUGGAUUCAACUUUUUAUUUAACAUGAUUUUUCUGUACCGUUACUGUCGAAUGCUAGAAGAAGGCUCUUUCCGAGGCCGGACGGCAGAUUUUGUAUUUAUGUUCCUUUUUGGUGGAUUCUUAAUGACUCUCUUCGGCCUGUUCGUGAGCUUGGUGUUCCUGGGCCAAGCCUUCACCAUAAUGCUCGUGUACGUGUGGAGCCGGAGGAACCCGUACGUGCGCAUGAACUUCUUCGGCCUCCUCAACUUCCAGGCGCCCUUCCUGCCCUGGGUGCUCAUGGGCUUCUCGCUGCUGCUGGGCAAUUCCAUCAUCGUAGACCUCUUGGGCAUUGCAGUCGGACACAUCUACUUUUUCUUGGAAGACGUGUUUCCCAAUCAGCCUGGUGGGAUCAGAAUUCUGAAAACACCGUCUAUCUUGAAGGCUGUUUUUGAUACUCCAGAUGAGGACCCCAAUUACAACCCGCUGCCCGAGGACCGGCCGGGAGGCUUCGCGUGGGGCGAGGGCCAGCGCCUGGGUGGUUAGAGCCGCGGUGCCAUCGACGAGAGCCGGCGGGAAGGACUCGGUGACAUGCCCGGCGGGGUUCUUUAUCCUUUGUGUUGCAAAAGUGUGGACACUUUCGACGGCUUGGCAGAUUUGAACUCCAGAAGCACUUUACGAAAUGGUACACUAGCGGACAGAGGGCGCUGGGGACAGGCGGCCAGCGGCUCCUCGCCACGCCGGCCCCCAGAGUGUGACUCCUCGGAGCCCGACCCCUGGAGGCGCAGACCCCGGCCGCCGCUCACGAGCAAGUACGUGAGGCUGGAGUGUGUGGCGCGAGCACAGCUUUCCCUCCUCCUCUCUGCUAGAAGAAGCCAUGGUGUGGACGGAGGUUUCAGAGAGGACAAAAUAAAACCGAAUUCCAUCUCUGUCUCACUGAA